AAACUGAGCAUGGUAACAGCGGAGCCGUUAGCUGAGAUGUUUAUUAGGCUUUCCUUCUGCAGCAGAAAUGGACCCCGACUCAUUGCGAGACAGCAGGACGGUGGUUGUGUCCGGUGUGCCCGACGCGCUGCCCGUCAGCAGGAUGAUUGACAAGCUGAUCAUUCACUUCCAAAGCCGCAGGAGGAGCCGCGGGGGAGACGUCGAGGGGGUCAGGUAUCCCACCAACAUGGACGGAGUCGCGUUUGUCACUUUCGACGAAGCUGAAGAUGCAGAGAGGGUGGUGCAAAAAGAGCAACACAUCAUGGCGGACAGCGAGUUUCCUGAAGACUACGUACUCACUGUGUUCCCCUUCACCAGAGAUGUGUUCCUGUAUGUUUCCAGCGCUACGGUCGAUCUCUCCGUAUUCGGCAGGGAUCAAGCCUCGCUGAUUCAGAGUCUGCGGUCAGCUCACAGGUCGCUGCGUUUCCGGCCUUUGCUCCAGCAGAGGAAGGCCACAAUUGAGGGGCCUUUUGCUGCCGUCCAGGCCCUGAGACAGGACCUCAUCGGCCGGGCCAGCCAGCUUCAAUCCACAGUCUCAGCCCAAACUGCUGCCGUCAAGCUCAAAGAAGCUCCUCUUAAUACCAGGGUAAGAUCUCAUCACGAGUUUGUCAGCUCUGUAAGCUACAGCGGUUCUAAAGCUAAGCUGGAGCCCGCGAGCUCAAACAGCUUAUCAACACCGCUGCAGACCACAGGUGAGGCAGCUACAGUCCAAACCCCGCUCUCAAAUGCAAAAACUCUAAACACUUUCCCGAGGCAAAACGUGUCCUGUGGGAGUUCGGCUGGAGGGAGCUUUUGCAGCACAGACAGCGAUGAAGAGGAGCAGAGAGUUCAGUCCUGGCUCCAAAUGCCCACAGAACAUAGAGCCGAGAGAGCAAAGGCCAACCCCGGACAAGUGUUCGGAGGGGAGAUCAAUGCAAGGAUUAGAUCUCCCUUAUCGGGCCUCGACCUGCUCCCUGCAGAGGAAAUAUCAGCAAAACAGGCGCGAGAAGAUGAUGUUUCACAGAAACACACCAGACCAGACAGAGUUUCAGCAACCACGAUCAGAGGCGGGAAUCAUUUGGGCUCCCGCUACAGCAGCCCUGACUAUCUGAAAGAAUCAGAUCAGAGCAGCUCAGCCGUCACUGCUGAGCUCCCCCGGACCAGACUUAAAGACGUCUCGCAGACCUCCGAGAGCGAUGCUAAGGAUGCAGAAGAGCUGUCUGCUGUCUGUCCGGAGGAUCCUGAGGACACGGGCAUAUUCGUUGACUCGUACACAUUAAGGUACAUUGAAAGAUUUGACAAGAAGGAGCUCGACAGGUGCCUGAGGGGUCUUGGCGCGUCUGUCGAGAGCGUUGAAGGGCUCGACCUCAUGCAGAUAUUGUUGACUGAGAAGCAAACCUCCACGUCUGCCUUGAGGAUCCAUCAGGCCUUGAUUAGACUCAGCACUCUGGUGGACUUUUGGCAGUCCACUUUAAGAGUUCAUCAGCUCGACUAUGACGAGGAGGAGCAGCCUGAGAAACAGAAACUGAUCCAGAUCUGCGAUGAUGUGAAUUUCCUGUUCGAUGACGUUCUUUACAUCUCCGAGGAUUCUUGCGUCAAAGUCAUCGGCCCUUCGGUCUCCAGUCACUUGUUCUAUAGGACAGUGAAGGACAGGAUUGCUGAACACAAAGACAAAUGCCUGAGAAUAUAGUGGCUGAAGCAAAAUUGAGUGUAAUCUUAUCCGUGGCCACAGGGGGGUGCAGUUGUGCUGCAUGCUGCCUUCACACAGUUUGCAUCUGAAAUCAUAUGUUUAGUUACAUUACAGCCACAGUUUUGAUUUCUGUGUUCCUGUGUUACAUUUUCCUGGCUCAUAAUUAGAACUAUAGAAAUGAAGAAUACUGUAUGUAUUACAUCUGCCUCUGAAAGUUCAGUUUAGUGCUCUUAUUAAAUAAAA